GUCCCCCCUCCGUUGUCUUGCCCACCCGGGAUGGGAGGUCUUGGGGUGGGGGGCUCCCGGGGGUGGUAUCAUGGUGGUGGUUGCUUGAUAGAAUAGGGUAGAUGGUCACUGCUAGAUGCUGUGCUCGUAGUCAAGGUCUGAGGAUAUAAAAGACUUCUUUCUCCCCCGGCCUUGUUCUGUUUGUCCCCCCUUUUUUCCUCCCCUUGCCUCCUCCCGCUCCGUUAUCCAUUCGUGUUUACCCUCCAUCAGUCCAUCCAAAUCAAUCAAGUACCGGAAACCUUUUCUGUCAAGUAGUUCUCUUCAAUCGAUUCACACAAUGUCUCUUCCAGCAACUAUGAAAGCUCUCCGGUGAGUUCCUCCGAUGACUUACCCCGCUUCGUUGUGGACGGUCGAUGAUUGACUAUUGCUGGUAGCUACGACAAACCAGAGUCGUAUGCUGUUGUUGAGGUCCCGCUACCCACGCUUCGUGAUAACGAUGUUUUGGUGUGUGCAUCCUCUCCGCCUUUUUUCCCCCUUUUCCCGUGGAAUUGGGGAACUAAUUGAUGGAACGAUAGAUCAAAGUCAAGGCUUGCGGUGUCUGCGGGACUGUGAGUGAUUCCUAACGAUAGUGGUAAUGGUGGUGGCGAUGUGCUGCGUGCUGAUGGGGAUGGGACGGAAUCGUAGGAUUUGCAUAUUCACGAGGGUGAAUUCAUCGCAAAGGUAAUUUGGAAAUCCAUUCCCUGAGGCCACCUCGAUUGGGGGAGGUUUCUUUUAUAUACCUACGCGGUGGUGGAUUAUGGUUGGGCACCCUUAUGGGUAGCACCAUGACACCUUUGUGGUCACUUUUCCCGUGAUAUUGGGCUAACGUGAUGUGAUAUCUCCCUGCAGUUCCCGUUGAUUCCUGGUAUUUACCCCUCCUAUUGCUGAUUCCUCCGGAUUUGCUGCAAAUUUAGAGUGGAAUUGAUGGUUGAUUGGUCAAUCGAUAGGGCACGAAACUGUUGGUGUUGUUGCUGCCAUCGGAAAAGACGUCAAGGGAUUUCAAGUUGGUGAGCGUGUAUGCGCUGAUAACUCGGAGCUCUGCAACGAGUGCUUCUACUGCCGUCGUGGACAACUCUUGCUGUGCGAGAAGUUUGAGGCCCAUGGAGUUACCAGUCAGUUAGCCCUUGUCUCUCAUCUCAUCACAAGUUAGGCGGAUUAUGUGCUGACGAUUGGUGUUUUUAAUAGUGGACGGUGGUUUCGCCGAGUACUGUGCAUACCCCGCCGGAAAAGUGUUCAAGAUUCACAACCUGAGCGACGUCGAUGCUACCCUCCUUGAGCCCGCUUCGUGCGCUGCUCACGGUCUUGAGAAGAUUGCCCCAAAGAUUGGCUCUUCCGUGCUUAUGUUCGGUGCUGGGCCGACCGGUCUCUGCCUUGCUCAGCUACUCCGUCACAAUGGCGCUUCGCACGUCGUCAUCGCUGCCCCCGAGGGUUUGAAGAUGGAUUUGGCUAAGAAGCUUGAUUGUGCCGACGCCUAUGUUCCUCUUUCCAGGAGCAACCCCCAGGCUCAGUUCGACCAGAUCAAGAGCGAUAACCCUUACGGAUUUGACAUUGUUGUCGAGGUUUGUCUUGUGCCAAUUGAUCACUUGUAUAAAUCAAUUAUUUAUGGGUGAUAUACAGGCUACCGGCUCCCCCAAGAUCCUCGAGGAUGCCAUCAACUACGUCCGUCGGGGCGGUAAGCUUGUUGUUUACGGUGUUUACAGCGACACGGCCCGUGUUUCAUGGCCACCAAGCAAGAUUUUCGGAGAUGAAAUCACCAUUCUUGGUUCCUUCUCGGAGACUUACAUGUUCCCCACCACCAUCGGUUACCUAGACACCGGAAAGGUCAAGGUUGAAGGCAUUGUGAACAAGACUUACAACCUCGAGCAAUGGGCCGAGUGUCUGGAGGCGAUGAGGAACAAAACUGCCAUCAAGGCUGCUAUCGUCUUUGAUUAGAUUCAUUUCCGUCUGUUUUCUUUUUGCUUUUUUUUCAUGGAACACUACCAAUACUGUGGCUGUUUGGCAAACAUGGAUUGGACGGAUGGGCGGGGAGACACUUUGUUAUUUGUAACGUAGGUAGUUCUAAUAGCCUGAGUGUUAUUGUGAGGUUUUCAGAAAAAAAAAAGUACGUGUAUAAAAAAACAUAGGGCCAACGUUUUUAGUGGGCUUUAUGUGUUUGUUCGCUUAUCGUACUUGAUUGAAGUGACGGGGUGAGUGUAAGACGGAUUGGGAAGGUGGGGUAAUUGGAUGUCUUGGCUAUGCUUUCAUUAAUUUAUCGCUAUCGGGACAUGCAGGAUCCCGUUAAUGGGGGGAUAAUUAUGUACUCGUAGACGGAUGGCUCACUUUCAUUCCGGUAACGCGAUCGUUGUCUGCUUUACCGUGCAAGAUAAUAAUCCCGAGGGAAUGUCUUUGGAGUCAAGCUGCGCUGAAAUGAGAUGAUAGCCUUACCUUUCC